AUGACGGAACCCUUGAUCAAGGAUUCUGAUGGACAACGUCAGUCCUUUCCUCCCUUCACCCUCGCUCCCUUCGAAUUUCCAAACACUCCACUCCUCCGUGUGGCCUCGGCAGAGGCCGAACUGCCUCGGCGUGAAUGGCGAAACCAACGGGCAUUGCUGACAUUGCGCUCUCUACUUGUCCAGGUCGCGGAGAAUGAGAUGCUCGUUGAUGAAUACGAGCAGUAUCAUAAUGACCGAACGGACGAUGUGGUCGUCUCUCGUUCUGGGUCGGACGAACCUGAACAAGAACCUCGUGCCGAUGACUAUGCGGCGAUGAUGGCACGAGUCCUUCCUAAAGACCCCGAUCUCCAGACCGAAGACGAGGCGCAUCAUACUUGGCACAUUCAGGAUUGGCGGAAAUUGAAGAAGAAGGAACAUGGUCCGGUAUUCGAAUGUGCAGGAGUUCCUUGGCGAAUUCUGUUCUUCCCGUAUGGAAACCACGUCGAGCACGCAUCGUUCUACCUGGAGCACGCCUGGGAAAAGGAUCCUCCCGAGAACUGGUAUGCCUGCGUCCAAUUUGCCUUGGUUCUGUGGAACGUGAAUGAUCCAUCCAUCAAAAUGUCUCAUGUCGCCACCCAUCGAUUCAAUGCCGACGAGGGCGAUUGGGGUUUCACCAGGUUUUGCGAGUUGCGGAGAUUGUUCACUGCUCCCUUCGAAGGUCACGGGGCGCCUUUAGUUCAGAACGAAGAAGCCAUGGUCACCGCCUAUGUUCGCGUCGUUAAGGAUCCCACGGGCGUGCUGUGGCACAGCUUCCAGAACUACGAUUCGAAGAAGGAGACCGGUAUGGUCGGACUCAAGAACCAGGGUGCCACUUGCUACCUCAACUCCCUUCUCCAGUCCCUGUACUUUACCAAUUCCUUCCGGAAGGCAGUUUACCAGAUUCCGACAGAGGCCGAAGCUUCAAGGGACAACAGCGCGUGGACUCUUCAGCGACUUUUCUAUAACCUGCAGACGAGCGAAAGUUCUGUUUCCACCACCGAACUGACCGCAUCCUUCGGUUGGGAGUCGAGGCAGAUUUUUGAGCAACAGGAUGUCCAGGAACUCUCGCGAAAGCUCAUGGAAAGAUUGGAAGAGAGAAUGAAAGGCACGCCGGCAGAGAAAGCCCUCCCCGAACUUUUCGUCGGAAAAACGAAAACCUACAUCUCCUGCAUAAACGUCGACUACGAAUCAUCCCGCGUGGAAGAUUUCUGGGACAUUCAGCUGAAUGUGCGAGGAAACAAGACCCUUGACGACAGUUUUAAGGAUUACAUCCAGGUGGAAACUCUCGAGGGCGAGAACAAAUACGACGCCGGCCAGCCGUACGGCCUGCAAGAUGCGAAGAAGGGUGUCAUCUUCGAGAGUUUCCCUCCCGUUCUGCACCUUCACCUGAAGCGAUUUGAGUACGACAUAAACCGUGAUGCCAUGAUGAAGAUUAACGACCGACAUGCUUUCCCGAUGGAAUUUGAUGCCACCCCUUACCUCUCCAACGACGCCGACAAGUCGGAGCCGUGGAUUUACGAGUUGCACGGUGUUUUGGUGCACAGUGGCGAUCUGAACGCCGGCCACUACUAUGCAUUCUUGAAGCCAACCAAGGACGGACACUGGUACCGCUUCGAUGAUGACAGAGUUACUCGGGCUACGGACAAGGAAGUUCUUGAGGAGAACUACGGCGGUGAAUAUGAGCUGACCAACGGCGCCCCUGGCGUUCGGCAACCCUAUACCCGCGGUCUGUCUACCAAGCGCUCGAUGAAUGCGUACAUGCUGGUCUAUGUCCGGAAAACGAGACUGGAUGAUGUGCUUUUGCCGAUCACAACGGAAGAAAUUCCCUCUCACAUUGAAUCACGAUUGAUCGAGGAGCGCGCAGACAUGGCACGCAAGAGGAAGGAAAGAGAAGAAGCUCACCUGUAUAUCAACGUCGGAGUCUUGGCAGAGGAUUGCUUCCAGGCUCACCACGGCUUCGAUUUGACCAGUAAUGAUUUGCCCACUGACGACCCAGCGCUGUCAGCAAAUUACCGCAUUCUUCGAUCUAAGAAGGUCGGCGAGUUUGCUGCGGAGCUCGCAACCGAGAGAGGUCUCGAUGCUAGCCGAAUUCGAUUCUGGGUCAUGGUCAACCGCCAAAAUAAGACUACUCGUCCGGAUCAAGUCAUCAAGGACCCUGAAAUGUCCGUCGAAGAGGCCUAUAGUCGGUUCGGUACGAAGGGCAACGCCUUUAAACUCUGGAUGGAGGUCGGCCAGCCUUCUUCGGAUGGGACCAUGUCGUGGCCAGACAGCAACAACACGGUGCUCAUUUUCCUAAAGCACUUCGAUGUUCAGGCGCAGACAUUGACUGGUCUCUGCUCCGUCUAUGUGCGCAGGUCGCAGAAGGUGGCGGAAUUAGCGCCUAUCAUCCUGGAAAAAAUGAACUGGCCCGCCGGCACAGAAUUCAUGCUGUUCGAGGAGAUUAAACAUAACAUGAUCGACGUGAUGAAGCCCAAACAGACAUUCCAGCAGUCCGAGAUUCAAGAUGGUGAUAUUAUAACCUUCCAAAGAUCCCUGAAAGAGUCCGAACUACCCUCGUCGGCCUUAUACACCGACGCAAGGCAAUACUAUGACUAUCUUCUCAACCGGAUCAGCAUCACCUUCGCGCCUAUCAAGGCAGCAGAUGGCGAUGAGUUUGUACUGGGUCUUAGCCGCAAAAUGACUUAUGACCAGUUCGCCAAGAAGGUCGGCGAGCAUCUGGGCGUGGAAUCUACUCACCUGCGCUUUGCCCCCGUCCUUGCCAGCUCUGGCAAACCCAAGUCAUUCAUCAAGCGGAACUCGAACCAAGCCAAUCAAACCUUGUACCAGAUCCUCAGCGGGCAAGUCACCGGCUACGGAUACACAAUGCAUCGCCAGGAUGCCCUGUAUUAUGAAGUUUUGGAGACUAGCUUGAGCGACUUUGAGUCUAAGGCUAGUCUGAAAGUUACGUGGCUUCCGGAAGGUAUCACAAAAGAGCAAGUAUAUGAGGUUUUGGUACCUCGAGACGGGACCAUGUCAGAUCUCCUGGCCGGAUUACAGAGGAAGGCCGGAUUCGACGACGAAAUCAUACGUGAUGCCCGUGUCUACGAGACGCACGGCGGUAAGAUUUACCGAGAGUUCCAAGGCGAUUCGAAGAUUGCCGGCAUCAACGAAUAUGUUGCUCUCUACGCCGAACGGACACCAGAAGACGAACUCAAUCUAGAGGAGGGUGACCGGACAAUCAAUGCGUUCAACUUCGAUCGCGAGCCGAGCCGGCCUCACGGCGUUCCUUUCAAAUUCGUGGUCAAACCAGGUGAAAUUUUCAAGGAAACGAAGGAACGACUUUCCAAGCGAACCGGCAUCAAGGGCAAGCAGUUCGAGAAGGUCAAGUUUGCCGUCGUACCUCGAUCGUUGUACACCAACCCACGAUAUCUUGAAGAUGAUGACAUACUCUCUGACAUCGUCGGUGAUUCCGACGAUCUUCUUGGUCUCGACCAUGUGAUGGAUCAAGGAUAUAGUGCGAUGACUUGCACGGGCAAUUUUCUUGCCUAUGAAGAACAUUAUAAACCCGGGCGAUUUGCUGUUCAAUCUGUGCACGAGAGGUACGUAGCACUUAAGGUGCUGAGGGCUGAUUGUUAUGGUGGCUGCCAUGACAUCUUCGAGAGAGAAAUUCUCUCGAAAAUCUCCGAAGUGUCAAGGCGAAGUUCUCAUCAGGGCCGCAACUACGUGUCCCAUCUCCUUGAGCAAUUCACGCACACAGGACCCAAUGGAGACCACAUUUGCUUAACAUUCGACGUACUAGGGCAUCACCUAGACUUCCAAACCGCCAGAUAUGAAGAUGGGAAAUUACCUGUGAAGGCUGUGAAAGCAAUCACACGGCAGCUUCUUCUUGGGCUUGACUUCCUCCAUAGCGAGUGUGGAAUUGUUCAUACCGAUUUGAAACCAACGAAUAUACUUCUAGAGCUGGAAAAUUCGAACAGCACCAUCUCCCACUAUCUGUCGAAAGUGCCCGCGCGGACCAACUCCCAACGAGAUGCCGCACCUCUUCGAGAGGUUAUUCCUACGUCGCUUGUCUCGGACACAAGGAAUCUCCAUGUCAGGUUAAUUGAUUUCGGUGUCGCAUCUUGGAGAAAACGUCAUUUGUCAGAUUUAAUCCAGUCGCCAGCUCUGAGGGCCCCUGAAGUGACAAUAGGUGCUCCCUGGGAUAUUGGUGUGGAUAUAUGGAGUCUCGGGUGUCUUGUUAUGGAGUUUGUUCAAGGAAUAGUCCUUUUCUCCGGGGAAGCAUCAUCGAAUGGCACCUGGACGGCCGAAGACGACCAUCUAGCAAGGAUUAUUGAGGUUCUCGGUCAAAUUCCACUUAAUUUUAUAGAAAAAGGGAAUCGUGGGGCACAUUUUUUUGACAAGCAAGGGAAUCUUCUCCGAAUCCCUAACUUGAAGCCUACCUGUCUUGAACGCCUGGUUGACGGCCAAACAAAGCCUUUCCUAAGACCAAUCGAUAUGCCCAAGGCUGAAGUCCCAAUCUUUGUUGAUUUCAUCAAGGGCAUGCUCGAAAUCGAUUCGGGGUCUCGAAAGUCUGCGGCGGAGCUAUUACAACACGAAUGGAUACGUCUUUUAUUUGCCCGGCCCGCUGGUGGAUGCAAACGUGGCAAACAGCACCGGAACACACAGCUGUCCAGAACUUCAACUUUCGAGGCGCGUUUCAACCCAGCCGCCUCCCCUGGAGAGUUCCCCGAUAGACCAGCUGUCUCUCCAUUAUCGAUCAUCAUGCGUUUCGCCGCUCUGGUCAUCGGAAUCCUGGCCGCGUUGGUGUCGACUGUGACUGCCACCGCGCUCACCUACCGUCUCGAGGCAAACGAGAAGGCCUGCUUCUACAACUACGUUGCCGAGCGGAACACCAAGGUGGCCUUUUAUUUCGCCGUCCAAUCUGGCGGUUCUUUCGAUGUCGAUUACUCCGUUGUCGGCCCCGGCGAUAAGGUGGUCUUGGAUGGAACGAAGGAACGACAGGGCGACUUCGUCUUCACGGCUCUGAGUGUAGGAGAAUAUCGCUUCUGCUUCAACAAUGAGAUGUCGACGUUUGCGGAGAAGAUGGUCGAUUUCGAGAUCGCGAUCGAGAACGAAGAACGCGCACAGCUCCCCUCUCGACAAGGCGCCACCCCCGAACAGGCGUCUGCCCUGGAAGAGUCCAUCUUCAAGCUGUCCGCCCAGCUGUCGACCAUUUCCCGCAACCAGAAAUACUUCCGUACCCGUGAGAACCGCAACUUCAGCACCGUUCGUAGUACCGAACGCCGGAUCUUCAACUUCAGCGUAAUUGAGGGCUUGAUGAUGGUAUCGAUGGCUGCCUUGCAGGUCUUCGUUGUGCGCUUCUUCUUCCAGGGCGCAAGGAAAGGUUACGUGUGA